GCUCUUUCCCUCAGCCACACACCACAGCCUCCGCAGGAACAGCCUCUGCCUCCUCUCCUCUGGAAUCAUCAUCUCCCACAAGAUGUCCUGCCAGCAGAGCCAGCAGCAGAGCCAGCUCCCUGCCAAGUGCCCCUCACCCAAGUGCCCCCCGAAGAGCCCAGCACAGUGCUCCCCGCCCGCCCCCUCUGGCUGUGCUCUGAGCUCCGGGGGCUGCCACGGGCCCAGCUCCGAGGCCGGCUGCUGCCUGAGCCCCAACAGGCGCCGCAGGUCCCACGGGUGCCGGCGCCGCAGCUCUGGCUCCUGUGACAGAGCCAGUGACCAGCUGUCUGGGGGCUCUGGCUGUGGCCAGGGCUCUGGGGGCUGCUGCUGACCAGGACUCGAUGCUGAGAACAGGAAAGAGAACCCAAGGGCCAGGACAAGCCCUGCCCGGUGGAGCCUUUCCAGGACAUACUUGCUGCCUGUCCCAGGCCCUGCAGGGCUGCCCCUGCCCAGGCCCUGCCCCCCCCCCCAGGCUCUUUCUCUCUCAAGCCCAGGCUCACAGCCCCCCUCUCCCACAGCAAGGAUGGCCAGCACCCCUGACACACCCUGUGAUCAAUAAAGCUUCUCUUUCUCUGCA